UCUCGCGCCCCGCGACCAAUAGCAGAUGCUGAGAGGCAUAAAAGUGAUCAAUCGAUAUUCUGGGCGAAACUUAACAUCAACACGCCUGAGCCGGAACUUGCCGAGUACUCCCGGGCUCAGUAAACACAACGAGUUUAAUAAACGUGUAAAAGAAGGGAGGUUUUACUCGCCCCCAAGCAAAACUGAAGUUGUGAUCGGGCCCAGUGAAGCGUUGAUGGUGACGGUGGCGGAGGUGGUGAUGAGAGGACAGACUGCACAUGAAACGUGAUGUGACCUCGUCAAAGAGAAACCCAGGUGGUUUUCUUUCAACAUGGGCAGGGCCUUACUGCCCUUCCUGCCCGGGCCGCUACACAGGCUGCUGCUGCUGCUGCCCAGGCUCGUGCCCCUGCUGAUGCUGCUCAUUUUGCAGGGCAGCAAUGCAGAGAGACCGGAAGAGGGCGAGUCGCAGGUGUCCGUGGCCGAGGGCCUCGUUUUCGUGGCCACGCUGGACGGUCGCCUGCACGCCGUGAGCCGGGCCACGGGCGACGUCAUGUGGGCCCUGCGAGAGGAUCCUGUUAUUCAAGUGCCAGAGGACUUGACUAAACCGGCCUUCCUCCCCGACCCCAUGGAUGGCACCCUGUACUCCCUGGGAGGGCCAGACAGCGAGGGUUUGGUGAAACUGCCCUUCACCAUCCCGGAGCUGGUUCACGCCUCUCCGUGUCGCACGUCCGACGGGGUCUUAUACACAGGUAAGAAGCAGGACCUGUGGAUCGCUGUGGACCCCAUCACGGGACAGAAGAUGCAGACUCUGAGCACCGCCUUCUCGAACGGGGUCCACCCCUCCCCACGCCUCAUCUACAUCGGCCGCACAGUGUACACCAUCACCAUGUUCGACACCAAGGCGGGCGAGCUGCGCUGGAACGUCACCUACUACGACUACUCGGCAGCGCGACUGGGGCCCGACUCGGACUACAAGUUGUCGCAUUUCUCCGCGAGCGGCGAGGGGCUGCUGGUGACCGUGGGGGGCGAGGGUCCCACGUCCGUGAUGUGGGCGCGCGACCUGGGCUCCCCCGUGGUGGGGGUGUACACGUGGGGGGCCGACGGGGUCCUGCGCAAGGCCCCCCUCUCCACCCUGGCGGCGGACACGCUGCGCUACCUCUCGGUAUCCGCGGCGGGCGCCGGCGGGCGCUACACCCUGCCCUCGCACGACCCCGCGCUCAAGACUAAGCUGCGCCGCACGCUGUACGUGGGCCGCUACUCCACGAGCCUGUACGCGUCGCACUCCCUGGUUCACGAUGGCGUCUCCGUGAUGCCGAGGGGCCAGGCCAUGCCGCUCAUCGAAGGGCCGACCACCAAGGAUGUGACGAUGAACGAGGCGGGCCACGCGUGCGAGAUGAACCCCCGCACGCAGGUGCAGUACGCCGAGCGCCGGGCGGACGCGGACGCGGCCGGCGAGGGCUCCCAGCCCGCCCGGGGCGCCGCGCACGGCAGCUUCCUGCAGCAGCGGUGGCUGCUACUGGGGCACCACGAGCUCCCGCCCCAAGCUCACACGACCCUCCUGAACAUUCACAUGCCCGCGGCCUCUGCUGACCACCGGCUUCUGCAGGAGCGCGUCACGGUGAUGGACCCGGCGGCCACGGAGCGGCUCACCACGACGAUCCUGCGGCGGGCCGAGCGCGAGGCCCAGGGGGCUUCCGCCACGGUGACGGCGGCGGUGACGCACGGCGCCGGCGAGGCGGCUGCCAGGGACACGGCGGUGCUCGCCGUCGGCACGCUGCUCCUCGCCGGGGUCAUCGCCCUCGCGCUCGCCGCUCACUCCAAGAAGUCCCCCAAGGACAACGAGCAGCAGCGACUGCAGCGCCAGCUCGAGGAGGUGCUGCGGCUCCUGCAGCCGCAGGCCACCCCCUCCCCCACCUCGUCGCCGGGGCCCACGCCGCCGCCCUCCUCCACCUCGUCGUCGCUGCUCCGUCGGGACGCGUCCGCGAGCGGCGGCUCCAGGUCCGGCGCCUCGUCACCCGCCGCCUCCUCCUCCUCCUCCGCCGCGUCGUCGCCGGCCGCCUCCAACCACUCGCAGCGGUCGCUGAGCGACGCGGGCGACGUGGGGAGCGGGGGGAGCACGCGGAGCUCCGAGAGCCGCGACUGCGACGGGGGAAUUGUCGCGGUGGGGAAGAUCUCCUUCGACUCCCGGGACGUGCUGGGCCGCGGGGCCGAGGGCACCUUCGUGUACCGGGGUCACUUCGACGGGCGCGCCGUGGCGGUGAAGCGCGUGCUCUCGGACUGCGUGGCAUUUGCGGAGCGCGAGGCCCAGCUGCUGCGCGAGUCGGACGCGCACGCUCACGUCGUGCGCUACUUCUGCACAGAGCGCGACCGCCAGUUCCACUACAUCGCCAUCGAGCUGUGCGCCAGCACGCUGCACCAGUACGUGGAGGGGGAACGUUUUGAUCGGCGGGGGCUGGAGCCGCUGACGCUGCUGUACCAGACGAUGAGCGGACUCGCUCACCUGCACUCGCUCAACAUCGUCCACCGCGACCUGAAGCCGCACAACAUCCUCAUCUCGAUGCCGAGCGCGCUGGGCCGUGUGCGGGCGCUCAUCUCCGACUUCGGCCUCUGCAAGAAGCUCGGCGCCGGGCGGCAGAGCUUCAGCCGGCGCUCGGGCACCGCCGGCACGGAGGGGUGGAUCGCGCCGGAGAUGCUGCGCGAGGACAGCACCGAGAACCCGACGAGUGCGGUGGACAUCUUCUCGGCGGGCUGCGUGGUCCACUAUGUGGUGACGGGCGGGGGCCACCCCUUCGGCGACGCCCUGCGCCGCCAGUCCAACAUCCUGCAGGGCGCGCACAGCACCGCGCAGCUGGGCAGCGACACGCACGACACCGUGGUGGCGCGGGACCUCAUCGAGGCGAUGAUCUCCCGGGAGCCGCGCAAGCGACCAUCAGCGGCCACCGUCCUCGCCCACCCGUUCUUCUGGAGCCUCGAGAAGCAGCUGCAGUUCUUCCAGGACGUGAGCGAUAGGAUAGAGAAGGAGGCGGUGGAGGGAGCGGUGGUGGUGCGUUUGGAGGACGGGGGGGCGCGAGUGGUGCGCGACGACUGGAGGCUCCGUAUCACCGUGCCGCUGCAGACCGAUUUGAGAAAGUUCAGGACGUACAAGGGCACGUCGGUGCGCGAUCUCCUCCGGGCCAUGAGAAACAAGAAGCACCACUACCGGGAGCUGCCGGAGGACGUGCAGGAGACGCUGGGCUCCGUGCCGGACGACUUCUGCCGCUACUUCACGUCGCGCUUCCCGCUGCUGCUGCUGCACACCUACAAGGCCAUGAGGUGCUGCUCGCAAGAGAGGCUCUUCCACGCUUACUACCAGCGCCGCGCGGAGGAUGGAAGAGACGCGUCCUCGCCGUGACGCAAUCCGCUCGGGAGGGGACGUCCGAGGAGGAGGAGUCGGAGGAGUUGGAGAACUUCGACUGCUACACCGUCGCGGGGGGGAGGGAAUGUGGACCCAAUAUACGCCCGGAGCGUUCGUGGCCAACGAUCGACGCCCGCAGAAGUUGCGACGGCGCCCGGUGCAGGGGCGACGCGGAACUGUGACGUGGAAGCUGGCGGUGCCGCAGUUGGGCUGACGGGGGAGGAUAAAUAAUUAAACAAAAAAAUAGGACCACAGAUUAGAUUGUAUAGUGAUGUGUGUGUGUGUUUUUUUAUCAUCAAGUUAGUUUUAUAAUAAUAGUGAGAUCAAGAUGUCAUGAGGGCGAAAGCUGCUGAAGCCACCGGUGCAAAAUCACUUCAAUGCCUGUGUAACCGUUUGCUCCGUAAGUUUGUGUUCGCCCGUAUGUUCAUGCUCGCCCUUACGUUCAUAUUCGCCUGUACGUUCAUGUUCACCCGUACGUUCAUUUUCGCCCGCACAUUCAUGCUUGCCCGUAGUUCAUGUUCACCCAUAUGUUCAUGCUCGCUUGUACGGUAAUGGUCGCCCUACAUUCAUGUUCACCCUUAUGUUCAUUUUCACCCAUGGGUUCACAAAGUUUUAGCCGAGCUUUAAGCCGACGCGUGGAAUUUGCCAGCGAAGAAGACGUCGAGAGAAGAUGUAUCUUUUUUUUAUUGUGGGAGACUUUGGCAGUGAAGAACAAAAAAUGUGCCGCAUCCUUCCACGAAAAAAUAACAACUCUGAGAAAUAAUUGUUUACAAAAGUGAUGGAUGACGUUUCGUUUUACAGUCAAAUGGCAGUUCGUUUAAUGCGUUUUUACUCGUGCCUGAGCAUUUAGAGCCACACUCUGCAGAAGCCAAGUGCAAUUAAAUUCAAGGAAAGAGCUA